AUGGUGACAAUCUGUCUGGUAGUGGAGAUUAACAAUCUGUACAGGUGUAGACACGGCUACUUCCACAUUGUUAACAAUGACUAUACUCAUUGGGAGGUGUACUCUAUUGGUGGAAGUGCAAAUCCCACCAUUAACAGUAAGGGGAAUAGAUAUCUUGCCCCUGUCAACCAUUUUGCUAAAGAGGUAACAAAGAGAGUUGUCACUGGUAAUAAGAUUUGGAGGCACUGGAAUUGGAGAUCGGAAGGUGACCUUAUGCUAAACAGUGCUUAUUAUACACCAAUUGGGCGUGGAGCAGCAGCCAACUAUGCUAAGGUCAGCUAA